AUGAUUAUCCUCCCUAUGGAGAUAGUCGACCAAAUCAUGCACAAUGCAGCUCAGAUUUUGCAGUCGCAUCCCUUAGGGGCAUCAUCUAUCGCACUUCAAUCGCAUCGCUAUCGGAGUGUUGCACACAGGGAAACCUUUUCCACAGUAAUUUUUCAGCAACAACCGACUGCUCUCGGGAAAGGCGAUGUGCAUCGCAUACAGGAACUAGCAGAUCUUAUCGCUGGCUCUACACGCGUACCGACACUUCCCGGGGUCGACACCUUUAUUGCGUCGCUUUCUAUCAGAUUGUCGCCCUAUCAGGGGGAUUAUAGGUCUUCAAUAGUCACACAAUCACUUACUACGAUUUUCGACCAUUUAUUUCGGGAACCGGUAUUGCUGAAUACUCCUGUUCGCAGACUGGUGCUGACCUCGAGCACAUGGUCCAAUGGAAAACCCUUGGAGCGUUCAAUUAGGUCGAUGAUCGAAACGUCCUAUAUCAACUCCCUACAUCUCGAAGACUCAUUUUACGUACCUAUUGGUAUAAUCCUUGGAUCAAAUGUUGAAGAUUUUAACCUCAAUAGGUCAAUUAUACCUGAUAGAAACGACCCAAUCAAAAAAUGUCAUUCAGUUUCUUUGAAGUCACUGUCAAUCACAGGAGGGUCUGUGAACAAGAUUACAUUCGAAGACCUGACGAUUGCUAUAUGUGGGCAGAAUCUACUAGCACCAGAUACGUUCUCAUACCUGAAGAAAUUCACCAUAUGUGUAUCAUCUCCCGCCCUCGCUGUAAGUGUGGUAAACAGCACAAAAGUUUUGGAGACCUUGAUCCUUCAUGACGCAAACCGACUCUUCCCAAGUGAAGCAUCCGAGAAGCCUGCUAUUGAGUUCAGGCUGCUGCACUUUCUCAAGGAGCUUAAUAUCACGUAUCAUAGGACGAUAGACAACAAGAACCCACAGGUGUCGCCUGUCACGUUCCUUGGAGAAAAGGCACCACCACUUCUUGAGACGGUCACUUUGAAUAUAACCAUACACAGCUAUCUGCGCGCACCUUUCCCACCACCGGCGGACGAUCUAAAAGCGGCGGUUGAAGAAAGACGUGAGAUUUCAGAGUGGGAUAGGUACCUGUUUUCACUCGCGGGGUUUUGCCGUCUUAAAAGAAUCAGAGUCAAACUCUUAGUUAUACGCCAUGUAUCGUUGGGUGGAGAGAAUUGGAGCGACCGUGGACCGAGCUGGGACGAGGCAUGGUGUCCAUAUUUUAUGGACGCCUUUCCGAUGUGCAAGGAGGCAUAUGGUGAUGUGCUUGUAGCAUAUUCGUCGUCUUGGUAUUUAGUGGGAUAA